UACACCACUAGAUGGCGGUUAAAAGAUAUAUAAAAGCAUAAAUCUUGUGGGUGAUAAAAGUUCUGUACAUAUUUUACAUUGUAUUCAGUUUCUAGGAGCUUUCGUUCUGAUUAUAUGAUUCUCUUUGUUCCGAAUUUGUAAAGCUAUUUGCGAGAUCAAAACAUCGGAUAUGAGUGGUUAUAGAAUUUUCAGAUUUGUUCAACAUGUGAGAAAAAACUCACAUGAAUGUUGUACAGAUAUGUAUCCAAAAGGGUUUCUGAAAGUUACAGUAAAUCAAAAAAAUGUAAGGAAAUAUUCAACUCCAGCAGAACGUAAAACUAAAUCCUGGUGGUAUUCCAUUGCAAAAUCGGAGUGGAAUAUACCUAUUGCAAUAUCUAUAUCACUGUGGGCACUAAUGCAAUGGAAGCUUACAAGAAAAUAUUUUCCACCAACUGAAAAUGCAAAUGUGUACGCGCCAAUCAAUGUUUUUGUGGUAAAAUGUUAUUAUUACCUACCACUUCGGAUAAUAAGUAGAAUAUGGGGUUGGAUAGCUAGUUUGGAAUUACCCGUCGCUUUGAGACCAACUUUAUAUGGAUUUUAUGCAAAAACAUUUCAUGCUAAUCUAGAUGAAAUUGAUGCUGAUUUAUCAGAAUUUCCAAGUCUUGUUGAUUUCUUUGUUAGACCACUUAAACAAGAUGCAAGACCUAUUGACCGCAAAACAAGUAUUGUAUCACCUUCGGAUGGAAGGGUAUUGCAUUUUGGACCUGUAACAGCAUGUUUAGUGGAACAAGUAAAGGGGGUGACUUAUAAUCUUAGACAUUUUUUGGGUGAUAUGAGUACUUUUACCUCUGAAUCACCUCUGAAGUUUACAUCAGAAGAUGACGAUAACUAUGUAAAAUCACUUUUGAAAAACCCAAAAAAUCAACUAUAUCAAUUAAUAGUUUAUCUAGCUCCUGGAGAUUAUCACAGAUUUCACAGCCCAACUGAUUGGGAAAUAGAGUUUCGUAGGCAUUUUCAAGGAAAGCUGUUAAGUGUCAAUCCAAAAGUAGCUAAAUAUCUACCAAAUUUAUUCUCAUUAAAUGAACGUGUGGUAUAUGUUGGAAAAUGGGCUGGCGGUUUUAUGGCAUACACUGCAGUGGGAGCAACAAAUGUAGGUUCUAUAAAAGUUUACUGUGAUAAAGAACUGCAAACAAAUAAAAUUAUGUGGCCUGAAGUGAAGCAUUGGAAAGAUGCUAACUUAGGGUGUGCACAUAUCAGCAAAGGAGAAUUGUUUGGUGAAUUUAGAAUGGGAUCUACUGUUGUAUUGCUAUUCGAAGCUCCAGAAGAUUUGAAAUUCUGCAUACAACCAGGGCAAACAAUAAAAAUGGGUCAAGCUGUGACUAACUGUACUGUUAACACUGAGGAGAAACAUAAAUAUUCAUUAUGACAAUUAAUAGAUCUUGUUGCACUUGACUGGAAAUAUGUUUGGGGAACAGACACAUAAAUGGUAGAUAGUAAUUUAAUGAUCUCAUCUAAUAGAGAUAAUGCAAUAAAAGACUUAUUUUCAAUGUCAUUGUUACUGUUAAUGUAUUGUUACUCAAACAAAAUGACUAUGCUGAAGAAUACACUGAAAACUUCAAAUAAAUGGCCAAACUCGGAAAUAAAGUUUUUCAAAGGUUUUACCGACGUUACAAGUGUAAAAGCUACAGAGAGUUACAGAUAGGUACCUUUCUAUACUCAAUGAACCAGAAUUAUUUUUAUCGUAAUAGUACACGUUUAUAAACAUAUGAUUAAUUCAGAAAAUGACUGCAAUGCAUAUUCAAAAUUGCUAUCUGCUGUAUUUUCAUAUUGUUUCAAAGUACUUACAUUGUUGUGUUACAAUGCGAACAUUAUUAUUUGCAACAAUUGUUUGUACCUACAUGAUUCAAUGUUGUGAUACUCUAAUACAAAAUAUACAUCAGAUAGACAAGAUUUUAAUGUAUAUG